AUGCUCGUGGGUAAUCGCUGACCGUCGACUACAACAACAGAGAUGGUGACGGUCAGCGGUGAGACCAGUCCGCUCCAUCACGUGAUCACUCCUCACCCGCCGAACAUGUCCGAUUGCACGAAUCCUGCCCGACUCCACAAAAUCCACCAACCAACUUUGCCCGAUUCCAGCGCCAACCUCCAACCGUCCGACUCGGCAGUCACUCCUCUCGAUCAUCUCUGACAACAAAAAAGCGACUCGACUACCGUACUUCCUGCAGUCGCUCCAAGACACCACACCAUGCCUCUCGUCGUGCUCGCGCGGCACCGCGUCUUCCCCGCUGGCUCGCGCUCUCUCCUGCCGAGCCUGCGCACAUACGCCACCGUCUCCACGCCCCAGACUCUCGUCGAGAAGAUCGUCCAGAAGUAUGCCGUCGACCUCCCUCCCACAGCGAAAGUGCGCUCAGGCGACUAUGUCAUGAUCAGGCCGGAGCAUGUCAUGACCCACGACAACACCGGCCCCGUAAUCUCCAAGUUCCUCUCCCUCGAUUGCUCCAAGCUCGACAACCCUCGCCAGCCCAUCUUCACACUUGACCACGAUGUGCAGAACAAGUCCGAGACCAACGUCAAGAAGUACCAGCGCAUCGAGGCAUUUGCCAAGCAGCACGGCGUUGACUUUUACCCCGCUGGCCGUGGUAUUGGUCACCAGAUUGUCGUCGAAGAAGGUUAUGCGUGGCCCGGCAAGAUGGUCGUCGCCUCUGACUCGCACUCGAACCACUACGGCGGAGUUGGGUGUCUCGGCACUGCGAUUGUGCGCACAGACGCCGCCGGCAUUUGGGCCACCGGAAAGUUCUGGUGGCAGAUCCCUCGCGUUGUCCAGGUCUCGCUUGACGGCAAGCUGGCACCCGGUGUCACGGGCAAGGACGUGAUUGUCGCCCUCGCCGGUCUCUUCAAUGAGGACCAGGUGCUGAACGCCGCGAUCGAAUUCACCGGCUCUGGUGUCGAGCACCUGUCGAUCGAUGAGCGCCUUACCGUUGCCAACAUGACCACGGAAUGGGGCGCUGUCGCCGGUGUGUUCCCCGUCGACGACAAGCUCGCCGAGUGGUACCGCGGGCUUAUCCGCAAGGCCGAGCUGCGCAAGUUUAUCUCGCCAUCCUCGACCGUGUCCUCGGAGGGAGGGCACCCACGCCUCAACGAGGAGCGUCUUGAGCAGUCGCUGGCCGAGCGUGUCGCCGCAGACCCAGGAGCCCACUACGCAUCCCGCCUUCGUCUCGACCUGUCGACGCUUGUGCCGCACGUCUCGGGCCCCAACUCGGUCAAGGUCGCAACGGCACUCCCCAAGCUCAUGGAGAAGGCGAUUAAGAUUAACAAGGCGUACCUUGUGUCGUGCACCAACUCGCGUGCGAGCGACAUCAAGGCGGCUGCCGACGUGCUGCGCGGCAAGAAGAUUGCGCCAGGGGUAGAGUUCUACAUUGCCGCUGCGUCGAGCCGUGUGCAGGAGGACGCCGAAGCCGCCGGCGAUUGGCAGGCACUGAUCGAUGCCGGUGCCAAGACGCUUCCGGCAGGAUGUGGACCGUGUAUCGGCCUUGGUGUCGGUCUCUUGGAGAAGGGUGAGGUUGGCAUCUCUGCAACCAACCGUAACUACAAGGGACGGAUGGGUUCGCCAGAAGCUGUGGCGUACCUUGCCUCGCCCGCUGUCGUCGCCGCCUCCGCAGCCAAGGGCGAGAUCUGUGGUCCCGACUCGAUGGACCUCGCGUCGCUUCCGCAGUACGAGGUGCCCAAGUUCAGCAUUGAGGCCUCACAGGCGGCGCCACCCGCCGCGUCUGGCGACGCUGAACCUCUUCUCCCAGGCUUCCCCGAGUAUUUCGAGGGGCCACUAGUCUUCGCGCCGCAGGACAACCUGACGACCGACGGCAUGUACCCCGGCAAGUACACCUACCAAGACGACAUUACGCCUGAGCGUCAGGCCGAAGUCGUGAUGGAGAACUACGACCCCGUGUUCGCCUCGACGAUCAAGGAGUUGCGCGCCAAGGCGAGCGCCAACGCCACUCCAAUUCUCUUCUCUGGGUACAACUUUGGGACGGGCUCAUCGCGUGAGCAGGCCGCGACGGCCAUCAAGCACGCCGGCAUCCCUCUCGUCAUCUGCGGGAGCUUUGGUGACAUUUUCAAGCGCAACUCGAUCAACAACGGCCUGAUUCUGGUGGAGGCGCCCGAGCUCAUCGAGGACCUGACGACGUGGUUCGCCAAGGAUGGCGCGCGCGGCGCGGGUGGCAAGGACGGGCAGCUGACCGUCAUUCCCCAGGACUGGCGCGUCAAGAUCGACACGCGCAACGGCGGGGUGACUCUGUCGAUGGGGGCUGAGGGGGAGAAGCAUUACCCGUCUGCGCGUGUUGGGCGGUCGGUGCAGGAGCUCUGGGUGAAUGGCGGCUUGGAAGGAUUCAUUCGGGCGUCGCUGCAGUGAACGAGGGCUCGGCAGAGCGGGAGAGGUUGAGACGGCCAGGCGGAAGGCGCUUGAAGGACGGCGGUACAGUGUACGCACGUAGCAGUACUAUGAGAGACUCGAGAGGGUGCAUUUGGGUGGACUCUACCACCAUCGCAUCACCAAUACGAGGGAAGGAAGGUUGCGCUCACUCCUCACAUGCAGUCUCUAUAUAUCC